AUGAAUUUAGGACCCACUAACCCCUAUACCAACGGACUUCUGUUUGCUGGCUGGAAUCAAGACCAUGGAUGUUUCUCUUGUGGCAUGGAAAGUGGGUUCCGUGUGUACAAUUCUGACCCGCUGAAAGAGAAGGAACGACAAGAUUUUUCCGAUGGAGGUAUUGGGCAUGUGGAGAUGUUGUUUCGCUGUAACUAUCUGGCUCUGGUUGGAGGCGGGAAGAAUCCCAAAUACCCACCUAAUAAAGUGAUGGUUUGGGAUGACCUAAAGAAAAAGCAUGUUAUAGAACUAGAGUUCUCCUCUGAUGUCAGAAGUGUGCGGCUGAGACGAGACAGGAUUGUUGUAGCCCUCGACACAAUGAUCAAGGUGUAUACGUUCACACAAAACCCUCAGCAGCUGCAUGUAUUUGAAACUGGUUUCAACCCAAAAGGUCUGUGUGUCAUGUGCCCAAAUAGCAACAAUUCCCUCUUGUCUUUCCCUGCCCGAAAAAUUGGUCAUGUGCAGAUUGUUGACCUUGCUGACACGGAAAAAUCCCCAUUGGAUAUUCCAGCCCAUGAGGCAAACCUCAGCUGCAUGGCCAUGAACUUGCAGGGAACCAAGCUGGCCACGGCUUCAGAAAAGGGAACACUGAUCCGUGUAUUUGAUACAGCCACAGGGACCCAGACACACGAGCUUCGCCGUGGUGCCAACCAUGCACACAUUUACUGCAUCAGCUUCAACUCGGAUUCCACGAUGCUGUGUGUGUCCAGUGAUCAUGGAACUGUCCACAUUUUUGCUACAGAGGAUGACAAGAAAAACAAGCAGUCCAGCCUGGCGUCUGCAAGUUUCUUGCCCAAGUACUUCAGUUCCAAGUGGAGUUUUUCCAAAUUCCAGGUUCCAGGAGGUGCCCACUGCAUCUGUGCCUUUGGUUCCGAUCCAAACACUGUCAUAGUCAUUUGUGCUGAUGGCUGUUACUACAAGUUUGUUUUCAAUGCCAAAGGGGAGUGCUCUCGGGAUGUGUACGCCCAGUUCUUAGAGAUGACAGACGAUAGGACCUGA